ACACAGAAACCAGGAAGUGCUGUGCAGGUGGAAUGAUAUGUCCGUAGUUAGAUUUGUUUGACGUUAGUGGACAUUACAGGUGGAUAAAUAACGAUGUAAUGUUGCAAAAACUGGCAAACAAACCAUGGAAAUUCGUUUUCUACGUGCUCUGCUUUUCCUCGCCCUGUCGGCUUGGACAUUAGCAGACGAUGGACAGGUGACGUUUGUCUCAGAGCUCUCGUCCAAACCGGCCCAGAAGUUGUCAAAGUACGGUUGGUACGGCAACGUGAGGCUGCAGAGGUUUCAUAUUCCAGAGGAAACAGCCAUCGCCCGCUGGCUGUUCUCCGUCACUAAGGGCCACAACUUCAACUGUGGAAAGCACAAUGUGACCAUCCAUAUACAAUACGGUGCUCCUCCAGUCAUAAAUCCAACAGGGAGGGUGUUUCCCAACAUGACGCUAUGGAGCCCCCCUCUAUCUCUGAUCCUACCGGUGACAUCACAAAGCUCCACAACCUUUAACCUCUCCAACCCUGCUCCUGGAGUUUGGUUUGUGGGUGCCCACCUGCCUGAACAUGAUGGGCGAAUUGAGCAGAAGGGUUUUCCAUCUUGCUCGUACUUCUUCCAGCCUCAGCUGUCAAUCAGGAGAGCGGUGGACACCCCCAUCCUGCAGCAGGGCACAUUCCUCCAGCAGACCGUAGCUCCAGACACACCUGCACGCCUUAAAUUGUAUGUUCCAGAGUUUGCGUCCUCUCUCUCCGUCUCCGUGGCGGACUGUUCUUCAGGAGAGGCAGCAGACGAUGGGAACUGUUCCCUGGUGCUCCAGCUGGGGUCCACCUCCCUGCAGCAUCGCCCGGUAACAGUGAACUGCUCAGGGAUUGGCUGCUCAGCCACUCUUUCCAACCCUCCUUGGGAUACCUGGUUACGAGUUGUCGUGGAGAGUGGACUAGACAACCGCACUGUCACCUUUAGUAUCGUCUCAAACUUCACAGUGGGGUGUAAGCCAAAAAGCGUCGGCCUUAAAGUAGAUGACGACAUCAACAAGCUCCGCAGCAAGAGCAACAUCACCAACUCAACCUCAGCCGACAACGACACGGUGAUCACAGAGGCGGUCGCCCCGAGCAACGACUCAGCGUCCCUGUUAACGCCGUUGCUGCCGUCGGCGUGCGUGUGGAGCAUCCCCGUUCUCUACGAGGAGCUGGAUGUUCUGUCGCUGCGUUUCACUCCCGUUAACAGACCCAACGUCAGCGUCACGGAUACACACCCCACCCUGCUCACCUACCCCCUGCACACACUGGCAACCGGGGGGACGCUUAACCUGCAGCUCACACUCAACACGACUAAUGUAACCCUGGCGAACAGCAGCAGUGUGGUGGGCUGUCUCUCUCCCUGGGCUCCAGUUCUCGACCUGAACCACUCUCAGCCAUGCCGCACAGCUUUGUUCGGAGGAUAUGGAGUCCGUGUGAACAUCAGUGAUCCUAAAGCUGUGGUCAGGCUGCCUUUCCCUCAGUCAACAACGUGGUACCUCACCCUACAGCUCACAUGUAACAGCAGUGACUGUGGUAAUGCGUCCAUGGUGUCUGUGGUCCCAGAGGUGUUCAUCAGUGCCUGUGUGGAGGACUGUGGGAAAUAUGGUGAAUGUAGACUGCUCAGAUCCUACAGCUACCUGUACGCUGCCUGUGUCUGCAAGGCUGGGUGGAGCGGGUGGGGCUGCACAGAUUCCUCCACAGCUCAGUCGUACGGUCGCCAGCUGACAGCCACUCUCCUGCUCACACUCAGCAACCUGGCCUUCCUGCCCGCCACCGUUGUGGCCGUCAAACGCUGCUACAUCACGGAGGCCUCCGUCUACCUCUUCACUAUGUUCUUCUCCACGUUCUACCACGCAUGUGACCAGCCGGGUGUAGCCGUCAUGUGUAUAAUGGACUACGAUGCCCUGCAAUACUGUGACUUCCUCGGGUCAAUCUGUUCCAUCUGGGUCACCAUCCUGUGCAUGGCCCGCAUCAAAGACGUAUUCAAAUAUACUCUGUUUAUGCUCGGGGCUCUGCUUAUAGCCAUGUCUAUGCAGCUGGACCGCAAAGGCCUAUGGAACCUGCUGGGCCCUGUCAUCUGUGCCAUACUGCUCAUGGUCACUACCUGGGUGUACAGAGGGGUGCGGCGCCGACACUGUUACCCACCUUCCUGGAGGCGCUGGGUCCUCUUCCUGAUCCCGGGAGCAGUCUGCGCUCUUAUAGGGGUUUGUUUGUACAUUUUUGCGGAGACAGAGGACAACUACUACUACACACACUCACUGUGGCACAUCCUGGUGGCCAGCUGCGUGGUGUUCCUGCUACCGCCAAAGGAGAAAAACAGGGAGGCGCUGGGCUGGAGCAGAGGCUGGAGCUGGACCUGGAGCUGGAGACCCCGGGUUUGUGGCUACACGCUUUGUCAGAAUGACAAGGACGAACUCUACACUGUCACAUAGUACGACAGGACACGCUGUGAGGAAGUGGCGAGGCAUUGAUAGUUAAACGUUUCUGCAAACAAUCACAAAAGGUAAAAAGACACACGGGUAGAGAUACAUCUGUAGUUGGAUCCUAUUUACACUUGUUUACCUUUCUAAGUGACUCAUGGGGACACCAUUUUUGCAAUUGUCAGCUACAGCUUUCUUGCGGGCUCGGCAACGUAAUCACUCGUGGCAAAUCCCAAACUUUUUUUUUCACUGACAUGCUCAAUUUGUAAUAAAAGGUUUUUGACAACAUUAAGUAAAGGACCCUUCAGAAAGUUAAAUGUUUUUCGCAUAUACGGUUAGCGUAUUUAGCUAAUUCAGCAAGUUUCAAGAAUUUGGAUGCGAUGCAAGACAUCUGAAAAAGACUUGUCUUUGAGCGAGUCUUUCACAAUUACGUCAGGAUUUUAUUUCUCUUGUGCUCUCAUGAUGCCUCAUAUUAUUACUUCACAGCCAAUUCAAACCAUUAAACACAAUUGUAGUCCCCAUUAGGUACUUAGACAAAAAACAGGGUUCAGGUUGAAAAGUUACCCAUUAUGACUCUGAGUCUUCAAAGUAUAUUAUUAUGUUUAUAUAAAGGAUUUUUUUACCUAUAUUCUCAGAGGUCUACAAUGUCCAUGUUCACAUUUUCAGAUGAUGAAAUUCUUUUAACAUUUAUAUAAAAAAGGUUUGUAAAAGUCUUCAAUUAGGUUUCGGAAAUACUUACCACAUUUAAUCCAAAUCAGACUUAUACCUAAGGUGUUCCCUUCCACAAGCGAGGGUAUAAACAGCCAGGUGGCCCACAAGCUGACCUCAUGACCGUCAAUUGUACAUAUUGUGUAUGUACAUAUUGGACACAAAAUUAAUCCUUUAAAUAUUUAUUAGGAAUCACACUGUAGAGAUCUUUGAAGUCUUUAUAUUCUGCCUAUCACAUGAUAGUGUGAUAUAUUUAUAGUCCAUUCAAACACUCCUCAUUCUUGUAUCCUCUUGUGUUGUCUUUUUCCACACAGGCCUGGGCUAAAACUUGAUCUAUUUUAAAAUAUGCUUGUUCUUGACUGCCAUGUGGUUUAAACAGACUUUGAAAUAUGAUAUUUACUAGCUAAUAUCAAAAUGAUUAGUUCUAUAUUGGAGCUCACAUGGUCGCUCUUCAUUUGCACAUAUAUUUAUAUCUUUAAAUGUCUCAUUGAAGAAAAGUGAUCAAAAACACUUCUUAAAGUGUAUUAUGCUUUUAGGGGUUUUAUGUGUUAUAUAGGUUUUCUGUGCAAGUCACUACCUAACACGCACUCUUCUAUUGGCUAGUUUUCCAACACAUUGUACUUGAUAGUCUACGGGGUGGGACAUCUCUAAUCAGUUGACCAAUCAAAACAGAGCUGGUCAGCCAACCAAUCGGAGCAGACUGGGCUCUGGUUUCAGACAGGGUGAAAAGAUGGGCUGCACAAAUAAAGAGCUUUUUGAACAUUAAAGCAUGGAGACAUGUCACAGUAGAGGGACAAAACUACAAAUAUGAACCUGAAAAUGAGCAGAAUAUGGCCCCUUAAGCCAACUGCUCUUUCUGCCUGCCACAUGAAUCUUCUUGAAUCUUCUUAUGUAUCAUGGCUUCUAAAAAUCCCCAUUUGUAUGCACUGUACAUGGCAAAAGGCUAAGUUAAUUUUCAGUUUUAAAUGUAGCUUUUAUUGAAUCUGAAUGGCAGUACUACUAUUUUCAGUUUUCCUCAGUUUUUUCCACUCAUUCUUAAGCACUUUGUAAUUUAAAAAAAGGUCCCUACACUAUGUACUGUUGUGUACAUACUGUAGGCAGUAUGUGUACGAAUGGGCACUACGAUUGUAUAUUUAGAUUACAGUGUCUAUUGCCUCCUCUUAUGUGUGUGAGAGAAUGUGUGUGUCUGUGUGUGUGAAUGUGUUUUGUCUCUUGCACCUGUGAAGCUACUGAGCACUUACCAUUCAAAUGUAAGUCAUAUAGUACGUUUAUUUCUAUGGCCCCAUGCUGUGAAGCUGUUUCGCAGUAGUGAUUUUACACAAAUUGAAUGUUUCCGUCACAUUUGCCUUUCUGUUUUUUAAAAAAUAUUGUUUUUUCUCCUUGUGUGUUCAUCACUUUAUUCACGUUAUAUUCAAGUAGGAAUAUGAAAGGUAUUGUACCACUAUAAUAGAUUAUAUCUUUUAUGCGUGUAAGGAUGAAGAUAUGUAAUGUUCUAUGUAAAAAGAAAAAAGAUUUUCUUCCUUGUACUGGUGAGCUAAUUUUCAAUCUGCUAAAAAAAUCAAAACAGCAUUCAGUCUCUAAAAAUAAAUCUAUGGUGUAAAGAGAAA